AUGUCCAUCCUGCCGUCCUUCGGCUUUACGCAGGAGCAAGUAGCGUGCGUGUGCGAGGUCCUGCAGCAGGGAGGUAAUCUGGAGCGGCUCGGCCGCUUCCUGUGGUCUCUACCGGCCUGCGACCACCUCCACAAGAAUGAGUCCGUGCUCAAAGCCAAAGCCGUGGUCGCCUUUCACCGGGGCAACUUCCGUGAGCUUUACAAGAUCCUGGAGAGUCAUCAGUUCUCCCCACACAACCACCCCAAACUACAGCAGCUGUGGCUUAAAGCGCACUACGUGGAGGCGGAGAAGUUGCGCGGGCGGCCGCUCGGAGCCGUGGGCAAGUACCGUGUGCGGAGAAAAUUCCCCUUGCCUCGGACAAUUUGGGACGGAGAGGAGACGAGCUACUGCUUCAAAGAGAAGUCCCGAGGAGUGCUGAGGGAGUGGUACACGCACAACCCGUACCCGUCUCCAAGGGAGAAGCGAGAGCUGGCCGAAGCCACGGGGCUCACCACCACACAGGUCAGCAACUGGUUCAAGAACCGGAGACAACGGGACCGGGCCGCGGAGGCCAAAGAGAGAGAAAACAGUGAGAACAACGGCGCAGGCGGAAACAAACAGAACCAGUUGUCUCCUCUUGAUGGAGGGAAGUCGCUUAUGUCCAGCUCCGAGGACGAGUUCUCACCGCCACAGAGUCCAGAGCCAAACUCUGGGCUCCUUCUGCAGGGAAACAUGUCCCAUCCGGGCUCAUACCCGCUCUCCGGCCUGGGCGCGCCUCCGCCAGUGCACGGCAUGCACGGACACGCGCACCAGCUACAGGACUCUUUGUUGGGACCUCUAACCUCCAGUCUUGUGGAUCUAGGGUCUUAA